CCGGGAGGGAUGGAGAGUAACAUCCAUCUGAGCAGUUUGAUCAGUCGGCACGACGAUGAAGCCACAAGAACGUCCACCUCGGAGGGGCUGGAGGAGGGGGAGGUGGAGGGGGAGACUCUGCUGAUCGUCGAGUCAGAGGACCAGGCGUCUGUGGACUUGUCUCACGACCAGAGCGGGGACUCCCUAAACAGUGAUGAAGGGGACGUGUCGUGGAUGGAGGAGCAGCUGUCCUACUUCUGCGACAAGUGCCAGAAGUGGAUCCCAGCCAGUCAGCUGAGGGAACAGCUCAGUUACCUUAAGGGCGAUAAUUUUUUUAGGUUUACUUGUUCUGAUUGCUCUGAAGAUGGCAAGGAGCAGUAUGAGCGGCUGAAGCUGACAUGGCAGCAAGUGGUCAUGCUGGCGAUGUACAACUUGUCCCUGGAAGGUAGUGGGCGUCAGGGCUAUUUCCGGUGGAAAGAAGACAUCUGCGCUUUCAUUGAGAAACAUUGGGCUUUUUUGCUUGGGAAUAGGAAAAAGACCUCCACCUGGUGGAGCACGGUGGCGGGCUGCCUUAGCGUGGGGAGCCCCAUGUACUUCCGCUCGGGAGCUCAGGAAUUUGGAGAACCGGGAUGGUGGAAGCUCGUCCACAACAGGCCCCCUACCCUGAAACCCGAGGGAGAGAAGCUGUCCAUCUCCACUCUGAAAGUGAAAGCAGCCUCGAAACCAACUUUAGAUCCCAUCAUUACUGUCGAGGGACUUAGAAAGCGGGUGAGUCGGAAUCCUGUGGAAUCUGCCAUGGAAUUGAAAGAGAAAAGGUCUCGCACUCAGGAAGCAAAGGACAUCCGGAGAGCCCAGAAAGAGGCGGCUGGCUUUCUUGACCGCAGCACCUCCUCGACGCCUGUGAAGUUCAUCAGCCGAGGACGUAGGCCGGAUGUGAUUCUGGAAAAAGGAGAAGUGAUCGACUUCUCGUCCCUGAGCUCCUCCGACCGCACCCCGCUGACAAGCCCAUCUCCUUCCCCGUCUCUGGAUUUCUCUGCCCCUGGGACCCCUGCCUCUCACUCAGCCACGCCCAGCCUGCUCUCAGAAGCCGAUCUGAUUCCAGACGUGAUGCCGCCACAAGCCUUGUUUCACGAUGACGAUGAGAUGGAAGGCGAUGGUGUCAUCGACCCUGGGAUGGAGUACCUCCCACCCCCUCCCGGCUCGGCUGCCUCGGGGCCAGGGGUUGGAGGCAGGAAGAAGGUCAGAGCCCCUGAGCAGAUCAAGCAGGAGGUGGAGAGUGAGGAGGAGAAGCCCGACAGGAUGGACAUCGACAGCGAGGACACAGACUCCAACACGUCCUUGCAAACAAGGGCUCGAGAGAAAAGGAAGCCCAUGCUGGAGAAGGACCGGAAGCCCAAAGGGCCCAGGUUCACCCCUGUGAGCAUCUACGAGGAGAAGCUGCUCCUCAAGCGGCUGGAAGCCUGUCCUGGGGCCGUGGCCAUGACCCCGGAGGCCCGGCGGCUGAAGCGGAAGCUGAUUGUCCGGCAGGCAAAGAGGGACCGGGGGCUGCCGCUCUUUGACCUGGAUCAGGUUGUGAAUGCCGCGCUUCUGUUAGUGGACGGGAUUUAUGGGGCCAAAGAAGGAGUUUCCAGGCUUCCAACUGGACAAGCCAUGUAUAGGACGACCUGUCAGGACUUCAGAAUCCUUGACCGGUACCAGACUGCCUUGCCAUCCAGGAAAGGAUUUCGGCACCAGACCACGAAGUUUUUGUACCGUUUGGUGGGGUCGGAAGAUAUGGCUGUGGACCAGAGCAUUGUCAGCCCUUACACUUCUCGGAUCCUAAAGCCUUACAUCAGGCGUGAUUAUGAAACAAAGCCACCCAAACUGCAGCUGCUGUCCCAGAUUCGUUCCCACCUGCACAGGAGUGACCCUCACUGGACGCCAGAGCCGGACGCACCUCUUGAUUACUGCUAUGUCCGGCCAAAUCACAUCCCGACGAUAAACUCCAUGUGUCAGGAGUUUUUCUGGCCUGGUGUUGACCUGUCCGAGUGCCUGCAGUACCCGGACUUCAGUGUCGUCGUCCUCUAUAAGAAAGUCAUCAUUGCCUUUGGCUUCAUGGUCCCCGAUGUGAAGUACAACGAAGCGUACAUUUCAUUUCUGUUUGUCCAUCCUGAGUGGAGAAGAGCAGGGAUUGCAACUUUCAUGAUUUAUCAUCUGAUUCAGACCUGCAUGGGCAAGGACGUAACCCUUCACGUCUCAGCGAGCAACCCUGCUAUGCUGCUCUACCAGAAGUUUGGAUUCAAGACUGAAGAAUAUGUUUUAGAUUUUUACGAUAAAUAUUACCCCUUGGAGAGCGCGGAGUGUAAACACGCGUUCUUCCUGCGGCUGCGACGCUGAUGUGAGUGCACCUCUUCACAGAGGGCACACAUGCUCGCAGAGAAGGGCCAUCAGUAGACCCCCAGCAGCAGGUGCUCGCUUCACCGCGGGUUCUGAUCUCAGCUGAGCUGAGAGCGGCGUGGGCAGUGGCGUCAGUAGUGGGUGCCCCUUCGGCUGAGUCGCUGUCCAGCCCUUUCUGGACAGGCCUUUGCCCACACCUUGGACUCCACGGUCAACUAAGACUGGCAGGUGCGCUGUCCUUUGCCCGACAGCCUAUUGAGCCAGGAAGGUCCAAACUGAUGUUCUUGGGGAGAGAGAUUCUGUCCCGUUUAAAGUGUGAGAAGUGUGAUCGCAGUUAAGCGUUCCUGCGGUGCUUCCUUCAGAGGCACUGUGCUGUCCUGGGGUGGUGAGAUGAUCACACGGGGACGCCAGCCCGUCCCAGCCUGGCUGUGCUGUCACUGAAGCCAGGGGGACCCCUCGGGCACUCGCUGACUUUGGUCAUGGUGUUUGUGUGUGACGUCGCCUCAGCUGUGCCCCCGUGAGCAUCCCCCACCGGGGCCCUGGCCUGGGAGGCGGGAUCCUGUUCUCCCCUCCUGUGGCUGGAGUAGCUGAGUGGCCUGGCAUUUCAGUUGUGCCCCCGGAUGGAGACGAGCGGCGGUGGGAGGGGAGCCGGCCAUGGACGGUCCCGUCUUGUCUGCGGAACGAGGCUGUUGGUGGGUUUGUGAGUGUUGGAGCUGGACUGUCAGGUGUUUUUGGAUUUAGCAGGAACAUUUCCAGAAGUAUCCGAUGUUCUCAAAUAAAAAUCUUUCCUUGUGACAGCCCAUGGCCAGAGCUUCAAUCUCAUCAGUUUGCUUUCAAACUCUUUUUAAUUAAGAGCAGUAGUUCUUAUCUUAUGGGGACAUGAAUCCCUUUGAGAAUCCAAAAAAGGCUGAACACUCUCUAGAAAACUGCACAUUUCAAAGUUUGCAUUGGUAUUCCGUGGACCACAGCAUCUCUGUUCUGGAGGCUGUGCUUAGAGGGAGCUUGAAUGCCCUCGUUCCAGGGGAAUGUGUGUCGCCCCUGCAGGGAGAGUCUGCAGCUGUCCUGUCGCUUAUCUCUGUUAACCUGGCUGGGAUCGGGGCUCACUUUCCCCUCUCCCGCAUGAGGCCCCGGGCUGGACACGCCGAGUCACUCAGGUGCCAGGAUCAAAGCAGCGAUGGUCAGCCUCCAAAAAGGAGUCUCCUGGGCUCCUCCUCACCCUCUCCCCUUCCACAGGGUCAAAAUCAGCAUUUCCCAACCUGACCCUGCGGGGACCCCCAACAGGCUGGGAGGGAUCGGCUGUCACCUGCCGCCUGCUUGGCCUUUAAGGUUUAGGUUCUUAAGAUUACAGGUAUGUUAUAUUCUACUAUCUUAGUGUGUCUGUUUUAUGGCUAAAGUGAUGGAUUUUUUCACCCCAGAGCUCGAGGAAGAGCUGACACUCGUGGGAGACGGGCGGUUUGAGCCCCAGCCCGUAUGUGCCCCCGGGUGUGUGUGUGUCCAUGGACCUGCCCUCUCAUACUUUCCUCCGCAGUGAAACUCCAGGGCUUCAAGAUAGACCGACCUGCACUCUGAGUGACACCCUAUAGUUCGUGUCAUUUUGAGAGAGAACUUCCAGGUGAGGGUGAGUGGCGGCUGAAAAGCAGAUAUACUGCUCGUAUGUUCACGUUUGGCCAAAAUGUCUAGUAUUCUAGUUAAAGUGAAUGUGGCUAAAGGCUACAUUAAAUCAAAGUUAUGUCUAGCAAAAGGCAGUGGGCUCCAAGUGGGAUGGAAAGCAAAGGCCUGAUCUCAGAGGGUAUCAGGAAAAACAAGAAUUGCUGGCAACUGGGGCCUCUGGGGCAUAAGCCUGAGGCGGGGCCUCCUGGCUGUGCCACUGGCUGCCCUGAGCAGCACCCAGCACCCAGCCCGGUGGGCUUGGGGGUGGGCAUCGCUGAGUAGACAAGGUACAAGGUGCUAGGAGUAGGAAAAACGUCAGCCCCGUUCCUGAGCUCUGAAUUCUCCCAGCGACUCCAUGAGGUGGUCGUGCCGUUGCCUCAAUUUUAGGGAAGAGAAAGUGGGCUUGAGAGGAUGAGUAAGUCCGUGCCAGGGCGCACAGACAGAAAGCAGAGGACAGGACCCCAGUCCUGGCGCCGGCCCCUCCCUGCCUGCGGGGUGUGUGACGUUGGGGAGGAACUCUCCCCAGGGCCUAAAGCCCCUGGACCCUGACAGGUGGCCUGGAUUCAGAGCUGAUUCGCUUCCCACUCUGACCUUCCAUGUUUUCCUUGCUGGGCUCCCAGGUCAGGGUUCGUGGUCGUGUGCAAAGGCAGGUGUGUGUGAGUUUGAAUGUUUUUUUGGGGGAGGGGCCUGAAACUUCAUCAGAUGUUCAGAGGCGUGUGUGAGCCAAAAAGCAGUAACUAGCCCUCUUCAGACUGGAGGGAAGACCUUUCUGGAGCCAGCUGGGUGGUUGGAACAAAGGUUCAAAAGGAAUGACUCACCAAACAGUAUCUUAGAAAUGUUUUAUUUUAAUUUUGACAUAAUUUCAGUCUUGACAGAGAAGUUACAAAAGAGUACAGAGUUCCCAGGUACCCUUCAUCCCAGUUCCCUAAAUGUUAACAUUUCACACGUUUGUGCCCCCUGUACACAUACGUGUGUGUGCACAUGCACACUUUUUUCUGAACCAUUUAAAAGUAAGUUGCAGAUACUGUGCCCCCUUUACCCUUAAUAAAAGCUAGGAAUGUUCUUACCUAACUGCUGUACAGUGACAAAAUCAGGGAAGUUAACCUUGAUCUCUUGCUGUUAAUGUACAGACCUAAUUCACAUUUCACUGAUUGUCCUAAUACUGCCCUUUAUAGCAAAAGAAGAUCAAGAUUGCAGGUCACAUUCAGCUGUCAGGCUCCUUUUGUCUCCUGUGAUCAGGAACCGUCCCCAAGUCUUUGUGAAUGUGGACAUUUCUGAAGCGUCCUGGCUAGUUGGUUUGCACAGUGUCCCAGGAUUUGGGGGUGUCUGCUCUUUGCUCCUGUUCAGGUUCUGUAGGCGCUCGGGCAGGAAUACCAUGGACAUAAGUCCCGUUUCUGGCAAGGUUAACUUUUAGUUAAGGCAGGCAGGGUUCACUUCGCAAGUACGUGUCUUAUGGAGAGGUUCACUGAAGAUAUGUCAGUACCCUGCUACUCAGACUUUGCACCCCUGGUCUUAGUAUCCAGACAAUGCGUCGUGGCCUUCUAGGUUCAUAUCUCCUUGAGGAAGCGGCUUUUAGAGUGGGUUCCGCAGUGGCCUGAGCUUAAGUGAGGGCCUGUCUGUCACCCUUCAGUUAGAUGCUGGCAAGAGCUCCUGCCUCCCCAGGGGCAAAGCAGGGUGUCCUGGGCAGGUGGGCCGGGCACUCAGUGUUACAGGUGGCGCUUCUCAACACUCACCAGGACUUCUCUGGUGACCAAGAGGCCAAAGGAUGUCUGUGUUACCUAGUGCUACAUAAGGAACCACCACAAACUCUAGCCACUUAACACCAUAGCAGUUUCUUUUCUCUUGGGUUUCUGAGGGUUUUCUGGCUGGUUCUCUCCAUGUGGUGCCGGCUGGGGCACUGGGGCAGCCCCUGUCAUCUGGGAGCUCAGCUGGGGUGCUGGCUGGGGGGGCUUCAGUUCUCUUCCUGCCUCCCCGUGGGACUGCUUACACCACCUCAUGGCGAGGUAGCUGGGUUCCAAGAAGGAACAUUCUUCCAACUUUCCAGGAAGACAGACCCCACUGCAAGUGCUUCUCAAGUCUCUGCUUGCAUCGUGCUUACUGCUGACCCAUCAGCCGGAGCCAGUGACGUGGCCGAACUCCUAGACCACGCCGGAGGGAGCGCUUCACAAGGACAAAUACUGGAUAUGUGGUUCCCAAGGGGAGGGGGGUGGCAAGCACCAAAGUAUAGUCAACCACAAGGGUCAUUAUGGAAAAGCCUGUGAAGUUGCGACACCCAGAGGGCAGCUGCCCAGCUUGGAAUUGUUCCCCUUUGGGGCAACUGGGUGGGCUGUAGCUGGUGGACACCUCAUCCAUGCUAGGAAGGCAGUGAGGGCGUUCCUCGUAGCCAGAGUGCAUGCAGGAGCUCUAGGUGGCCACGGUUUUUUGUUUUUUAUUUUGUUUGUGGGCCAGUCUAGAGAACAGGAAGGGUUGAGACAGUUUCAGAUAGAUUUCUGGUGAGGCCUCUCCCUGAGGCUGACUGAGGCUCCCCCUCAGGAUUGGGGAAGGCUUCCCCUUACAUCCAUCCCAUUUUAUAGUAAAUCAUCCCGCCGCCUUUUUAAAGUUUUAUGGAGGUGUAAUUUGCAUAGUAUAAAAUUCACCAAUUUUAAGUGUACAAUUCAGUGGUUUUUAGUAGAUUUAUGGAGUUAUCACUCAAUCCAGUUGUAGAACAUGGGGCCAGAGAGGCCCCUGGUGCUCAUUUGCAGUCAGUCCCCACUCCUGUCCCAGCCCGGACGACCACCAGUCUGUUUUCUGUCCCUAUAGAUUUGCCUUUUCUAGACGUUACAUGUCAAAUGACCCUUUUUGCUUUACUUCACGUUGGCUUGUUACCAGCUACCAGAGAGGCUUCUCUAACUCAGCAUAGCCCAUUGCUUUAGAUAUUUUGGUAUAAAUCCUACAAGGCCUUUUGUCUUAUGCACAUACAUAUGCCCUUGCAUGUGUCAUUUUUUUCAUAUACUAGUUUUUAAAAUGAACUGUGAUCAUAUUGUAUAUCUUGUUGUAUAAAAUACACGACUUUUGGGUUUUUUUUUUUUAGGUGAUCACAGAUAACAUUCCACAUUGUCAUAUGUUCUAAAAAAUCAUAUAUGAUAGAAUUAUAUUUUGUUAUAGGCAUGUACCAUAGUUUAACAAAUACCCGUUUCCAAAUAAUGCAAUCAUACCAACAGGCUAAAGAAUAAAAAUCACAUGAUCAUAUCACAUGAUACAUGACAGGAUCCAAUACCCAUUCAUGAUAAAAAUUCUCGGCAAAGUAGGAUUACAGGGGAACUUCCUCAACUUGAUAAAGGACUUAUGCAAAAAACCUACAUCUAAACAUCAUACUUAACGGUGAGAAACUAGAAUACUUAGAAACUAGAAGCUCUCCAGCUAAGCUGGAACAAGACAAGGGUGUCCUCUCUCACCACUCCUUUUAACAUCAUACUAGCUAAUGGAAGUUCUGGCUAAUGCAAGAAAAUGAAAUAAAAGGUAUACAGAUAGGGAAGGAUGAUAUAAAACUGUUUGUAUGCAGAUGACAUGGUUGUCUAUGUAGAGAAUCUGAAAGAAUUGAAAAAAGUUGACCCCAGGACUUCCCUGGUGGCACAGUGGUUGAGAGUCUGCCUGCCGAUGCAGGGGACACAGGUUCGUGCCCGGUCUGGGAAGAUCCCACAUGGCGCGGAGUGGCUGGGCCCGUGAGCCAUGGCCCCUGAGCCUGCGCAUCCGGAGCCUGUGCUCUGCAACGGGAGAGGCCACAACAGUGAGAGGCCCGCGUACCGCAAAAAAAAAAAAAAAAAAAAGACCCCAAA